ACAGUGUGUUGAUGUUGUCCCAAGCAACCAGCACCAAGGUGAUGGGACGCCAUCACAAAAACGAGUAGGGUGUGUGUUGUACUUUUUUUGAUAAUUUGCAGGUGCUCUUUAAUCUAUCGUUUUUAUUGGAGUUAAACUAAAGUAGCACCAUGUCAGAAGGAGAACAGGAAGCUGCAGCACUUGUUGCUAGUGAACCCGCAAAAGAGAAAGAAUUUCGAAAAGCAAAAGUUUACAUGUUGACAGCCAGCACCCUUUCUGGCCUUAAUCUGUAAGUUAAAAAAAUGUUCAAAACUAUACUAUCUCUAUAAAUAUUAAUAUUGAAUAUUAUUGCUAAAAUUACAACAUUUUUUGAAUGAUUGUUUAAGCUUCAUUGCUUUAGAAAUCUUGUUUCAAAUUAAAUUUCUCUAAAACUUAUGAAUAUUAUAAAAAUUAUAUUGAAGUGAAUUGUCAACACUACGACUGCACUCUAUUUACGCUGCUUUGAGUAUGUUUGAGACAUCUGUUUAACUGAAAUUAUAAAUAAUGUAGACAAGACAUAACUACAUUUAUAAAUAAAAUUAUUUAAUUAAUUUAACUAUGAACCAAGGAACAUAUUUUGAUAGCAAAUUUCAAAUUAAUAUAUUUACAGUUUGUUGUAGUAAUAUAAUUUUUAUGUAUCAAUGUAUGGCCUAGAUAGUUUUGCGUAUCUCUGAUCUGUUUACCUCUCAACUCUAAAAAGUCUAAUACAUUAAAUGAGGGCCUUAAAAACUUAAGCCCUAAUUAAAAGGACUAAAUUUUAGUAAUAUUAAUAUUUUCACUUAUAAAGACUCAAUUUUCUUAUGCUUAAAGCCCUUAAAAAGGAUUUUUAGAACUUUGUACAAUUCAUUCAUUCAUUCAUAUUCAUAUUCCCUUAUCUUAGCCUUUCGUUUAACAUCCCAAAUACCAAGGAUUGGCUCUACCUUUUUUACUUCACAAUGAAUCAAAUUAUUUUGUUUAUUCAGAAAUGAGAUUAUAAAAACUUGCCUAACACAAGCUUUAUUUUGUAAGUAUUUUAUAUAUAUUUAACUGAUACAUGAUUUCAGAUAUGACCAUUUAUCAAGAGUGUUAGGCAAAAUCUUAGAUGAGAGACCAGACAAUGUGGUAGACAUUUUUGAAGACAUCAGCAAAGAUGCUAAAAGAACCAAAUUUACAUCAGAUGUUGACACAAUACAGGACAAAGUUGAUAGAUCAACAGAGGUAGCUCUUGCACAAGUACAGAGAAAAUUGUUCACAGUAAGUAAACUUAAGUAAUAUGACUUGUGGGCCUAUGUCUCCAUAUGUUUUAACUCUAUGAGUGCAUCUUUUGCAUCAUUUGGAGAGAUGCGGUCUUUGCUACCAGUGUCAAUGUCAUUCUGGUUGCUGGAGAUUUAUUUAGUAGUUUGAAAUAAAGAUACAAGACAAUCAUUUUAACUGCAUUACGUUUAAACAAAAUUUUUAAAGUAACCUUCACCACCAUUUUUUUAUAGUUAAUAAAAUUAUUUCAUCAUUGAUCUUAUAUAACUUUAAUAUUUAAGUUUAAGAGGUUAUAAUUACAUGGAGUUCUUAAUUUAUAAUUUAAAAAAAUAUAGGCAGCAGUCCUAAUAAUUAAGUUUGUAACAAGUGAAAGUAAAUAAGUGGUUUGACACAAUAAUUAAAUAAUUAAAUACAUGCAACAAUAUUUGAACAAAUAAAGAAAUCCAAUACAUUUAGUGUCAGAAUAGUAAAAUUAAUUUAAAUUAGCAAUCUCAUUUUAACUAAAGUGUGUUGCCUCAUUAGCUAGUGCCGGGUUUUAUAAUAUUUUAUGGGUGAAUUUAGGAAUAGUCCAAAAAAGUGUGUGAGUGUGUGGAAGGGGGGGGGUUUGAUUAAAAAAGGGGAAACCUUGCAAUCACAUUUAUUUUUGUAUAAUUUUUUUUGUAAUAAUCAGUGAAUAUCUUUGAUGCUUAUUUUAAAUAUACUUACUUACAUAGUAUAAUAUCUUUUAGAAAAACUAAAAAAAAUAAUAUACAUCUUUAUAGAAUUUUAAACCCUCAAAGUUAUAUAGCAGUCCCCAAAUUGACCCUGAAGUCAUCAGUUCUGGCUGGGGCAAUGAAUAAUUAAGGUAAACUUUGAUUUGACAUCAAAGCCUGACCUUAGUCUUUGUUAGCUAUUUUGAUAGUCACAUAAAUAUAUUUAUAUUGUUACAGAAGCAGGGUGAAGAUGGGGAGGAUGAAGUCCCUCAAGAAGAGGAAGUGGAAACUCCUUUACCUAAUCUUAUGGAGCUUUGCUUUUUCUUUGAACAAGCUGGAGUAGGCCUGAAUCGAGAGGAAGUUAUUCGUGUUUGGUUAGCAAUGAAGAGUCUAGUAGAUAAUCACCCACUACAGCAUGUCAGAUUUUGGGGCAAGAUUUUUGGAACUGAACAGAAUUAUUAUGUAGCUGAAGUAGAGUAUCGAGAAGGAGAUGAAGAAGAAGAUGAAGAUGAAGAGGUAAAUUGAUGUGAAUUCUUUGUUUUUUUAAGUUUUUAAAAACAAGUUUAGAUAUUUUUUUUUGGAGAUUUUCUAAUGCUCCCCAAAAAUGUGAAUGACUGAGAGUUUUAUUUAAAUUGUCUCAAUUUAAGGAAUAUUGAUGCUAGGAAUUCUAUUUGGUGGGUUCUGUGGACCCUGUCUACAGUGUCAGAGUUCUAUAAUGCAGAUCCUUCUCUAUUGUUCCACACGAGGUCUCUUUGGGUCUUCAGAGGUUUUUUUUUCCCAGUGCUGUCCAUUUUAGUGCUUGCCUGGGAAGUGCUCUUAGUAGCAUCCUACAAACAUGCCAAAGCUAACUCAAGCCUGUAGGCCCUAUAUUACAGUAUGGUCUCUGCUAUGGUUAUCAUUCCUGAUCAGCUUCCACUUCUUUAUUACAUUUUUUCAUCUGCCAGAAUUUCAGGAUAUGUAGCAUUUGUUAGGAAACAUCUAACUUCCAUUAUGGUAAUGCUAGUAGUCUUCAUGGAGUCUUCCAUUAUGGUAAUGCUAGCAGUCUUCAAGGAACCUGAUCUAUAGGGGAGAACACUCAAGAAAGACAUUUUUAAAAAUUAUGAUUUGAAUUUUUUUUUAACACACACUAAAAUUUUCAUGAAAAAAUUUAAUCAUGAGAUAAUCAUAGUCAUAAUAUUUAUGAUAACUGUCUAAAUUUCUUGUUUUUUUUUGUUUUUUUAUAAGUGGUUAAAUAUUAUUUGUGUGCUAAGGACUUAAUGAUGGGGGUUUCUGACAUUAAAAAAGCUGCCCAGGGAUUCAUGGGCUGUUUUGUUUAAAAAAUGGUCUCAAUGCGAUUAUUUAUUGUGCAUCAUAAGAUUAGGAGAUUUAGUUUAUUUACUUCUUUACUUCUGUGGACUGCUUAUAGAAAAAAAAUAUGAUUAUUGAAAAAUUAAAAUUUAAAAAUGCGUAAUUACAGUAGAACCCUGUUUUGUCGACGGCCUCAGGGUUUUGCCAAAAAGCGUCCAGAUAACCGAUGAUUGUGAUAAACGAAAAUCAAUAUGGCGACAAUAUAUUAACAUGUGCUUGCAAUUUCUUUAUGUACAUGAUGUGCGUUUAUAAAUGACAAUGUACAUGCACGUGUUUUUGGAUUUUUUUUUUUUACACAUCAGCGUUACCGCGAUUUGUUUGAUGAAGCGAUUGGCAUUUUAUAAAAAUGCAUUUUUCUGGAUUAUCCCGGAAUUCUAGAUUCGUGAGACUAAAUAUUUUUCAGCUCCGGGUUGGCGAGUUUUUAUUUUCUCUCACUCUGGAUUUUCCAGUUCAGUUUAUUCAAAUACGGAUUCUGGGUAAAUCAACAUGUUAGAGCACUUCAAAGCCUAUUAAUAAUUAAGUGACAAGCAGGUUUGCUAUAAAUAGAACAGGUACUACGACCUCGUUCUUUUGUUUGCUUCUUGCUGUGUCAAGUUAAUUGCGUGGACAAAGAUAUGGUCAUUUCAUUUCAAUUACUACAAUUUGAAGUAGGCAUGAUUCUGUUCUAUGUAAUUUUCAAAAGCCGCGAUUGGUCAUGGGGAUUGAGAUAACUGAGGUUAAAUAGCAAAUUUGGCCACCUUUUGUGCUUAAGAUAUCAGGCUUCGGCAUCAUAAAUGAAUCGACAUAAUCCAGGAGGAAAUGCUAAGCCAUAGAGAGAAUUUGGCAGUUCCACUUUAAAAAGGUCAACGUAACAGGGUUGGCGAAUUAACCAAGGUCGAGAUUUCAAAUUGAAUUAGCUUUUUUAAAAUUAUUAUUCUUGUUAGGAAGAAGAAAAAGCUGAAGAGGAAACAGUUGAUAAAGAUCCAGAUGAAGAAGCAGAAGCAGGUAUAUUUGUUGUCUCCUUAUGAUAUCUACUUAAGACUUCUCCUUAUCAUGUCUCCUUAUGAUGUCUCCUUAUGACUUUUUCUUUAGUGCAUUGUACUUAUGAUGAUUUCUAUUUGUUAUUACAAACAAUUUAUACAUUCAUAGGGUAAGGUAAAUCUAGGAUGUAAAUUUAGUUGACCAAGGGUUAAAUUAUAAUUUUGUAGCUGUUUACUUUCCUUAUAUUACACUUAUAUAUUAUUAUACUUUUUUGCUCGUAUAGAUGGCUGUUGUCUUCUACCCUAGGUGGUUGAUUUAAAAAAAAUAAAAGUUUACUUCCUCCUCAAUAAUUUCUGCUACACUUGGCUAAAGAGUUCAUUCCACCUGGAAUCUCUUGCUUUGAGUUUAAGCAUUGCCCAGAGCACAUGAGGCGCCUGAGUCAGUUGUCUUUAUCAGUGUUAUAUCUGAUUGUAAUAUUUUACAGGGCCUCAUAACACUUAUGUCUUGAAGCAGAAGACUAAUAAUUGACUAACAAUAUCAUUAUGUUUCUUAUUUCUCAGAGGAAGUAGAGGAAGAUGACACACCUAAACCAGACUUCAAACCACCUGCACUUGUACCUAAAGAAGAAAAUAGAACAGGACCCAAUAAAAAGACUUACUUUGUCUGCAAUGAUCGUAAGUGCAAAAGAUAUUUAAAAAUUCUAUAAAAUAUUUCAAGACAUAAGAAGUACACCUCACAGCUCUCUACAGAAAUUAUUGAAGGUUUUCAAUAUUUAAUAUAAAGACAGCAAUAAAUAAAAUGAAUAAUAAGUGGAAAGUUAUUGUGGUGAUAACCAGGAAAAUUCAAGUGGCGCAGAGUCUUAGUUUUUUGGUUUAGAUUUGAAUUUUGUAAUUACAGCUAAAUUUUAUCAAAUUUAUAAAUGCUAUUUGUAAAUGGAGUGUUCAACAAAAAAAAGUAGACAAUAGCCUACAGUCAAUUUUUGUUGUUGUAAUAGUCAUAUUUCAAUGUAAGCAAAUAUAGAGGAAAACACAUGAUCUAAGUUACAAGUGACAUUGGGAAGAAAUUAUGAAAUUGGCUUUAAAGGAAAAUAUUCUUUGUAAUGAAAUGUUCAUAUUUGUUUUUCAAGCUGGAAAACCUUGGGUGAAAUUGCCUUUAGUACAACCCAACCAGAUAACAGCUUCAAGACAAAUUAAGAAAUACUUCACUGGGAGGCUGGAUGCUGCUGUGAGUUCAGGUGCACUAGGCCCAUGCCUAACACUGCUGAUAUAUAAGAUCCUCAGUUCCAUUAAAAAAACAACUAUUAAGAUGACAAAAUUCUUUACAUCUAAGGCCUUAAGUAAUCUCACUCCUAUAGCAUUCUUUUGUAAUUUACAUGAUCGCCUCUGCUGUGAUGGCAUGCUAUGAUAGUUUGUCAUAUUAUCCACAUGAACAUUAUUUUGAAACAAACAAUUAUGUUAAACUGUGAAAUGUUUUAAAGGAUUGUGUACCCCCAAAUGUUCUUCUUAUAGAAAGUUAGUUUGCCUCUUGCCACACAUAAUCUAAAAUAUUCAAUUUUAUGCCCAUUAUAAACAUAGUUUGCUAACCCCUGUUUUAAAUAAGUAUUUAUUAUACAAAUUGUGACAUAGUUACAGCUGCUUUAAAUAGUCCCUGACUAUAAAAUUGUGACAUUUUAUCACCAGGUUGUAAGUUAUCCACCAUUCCCUGGAAAUGAAGCCAAUUACCUUCGGGCACAGAUAGCACGUAUUAGUGCAGGGACACAUAUUUCUCCACUGGGAUUUUACCAGUUUGAUGAGGAGGAGGAAGAGGAGGAGGAAGGAGAAGGUAAUAUGGAGCUCAGUUUAUACAUGUAAAUGAAUGUUGGUGUGGUUGCAAAUAUGAUACUUUAAUUGUUUCAGAAUUAAAUUUUAAAAAAUCUUCAACACAUUUUGCUACUGAUACAAAUUUGAGAAAAUAUUUCAUACUAUUACACAAAAUGGCUUCACAGUGUCAAAUUUGAUAAAUUUACAGCUAGGGACCAUUUUGUUGAGAAUAUUGACUUUGAAGGCAUCCCAUUGAGGGAUUUAACUGAUCCAUCUCUCAGCAACUGGGUUCACCACGUCCUGCAUAUUUUGCCACAGGUAUGGAUGGUCUCCCAUUUCUUUGCUUAAAGUUAUUGUUAAAAUUUAACCAUGGGGGAAAAAGCAAUCUUUGACCAAUAAAAUGUGAUGCAAAUGGAUUUAUGUAUUUGAUAUUUAAAAACUGUUGUAGUAUCUGAAAGGAUAAGGCAUCCAUCUACUCCAUAAUUUCUCUAUCAUCAGGGCCGUUGUACAUGGUGGAACCCAGUCCAGAAAGCUGAGGAAGAUUUUGAAGAAGACGAAGAGGAGGAGGAGAGGGAGGAGCCUGACGAACCUGAACCUGAAGUCGGUCCUCCUCUGCUUACCCCCUUAGCAGAAGAUGAGGAGGUGGGAGGCAUGGCCGCCUGGACUCCAACACUCUCCUCUACAUUAAUACCGCAGUAUGCCAUCGCUGUCAUGCAUUCCAACCUGUGGCCUGGUGCACACGCCUUCGCAGUUGAUAAGUGAGCAUACAAUUUAAUCACCUUCUUGAUGUUUAAAUACCAAAACAUUAGAUGCCUGAUUAUGUUUUUUUUUAUUGUCCUACCAUUCCUUUGAAUGUCUUUCUAAAUCUUCUUUAUCUUUAGAUAUAAAAAUGGGAUAUUUAAGGGACAAAGUGUUAUUCUAGACAUAUUUUAUUCAUGAAGUACUUUUAACAAUGUUUUUAGAUUUAAAAAUGUUUAAAUUAGAAUUUCUACCUCAUUUGAAAUAAGUUAUCCAUAAUUCUGUCUUCUCUAAAGGAAAUUUGAGAAUGUUUAUAUUGGGUACGGUCACAAGUACAAGCCAGAGAACUACACACCACCAAAUCCACCACCGAUUCAAGAAGAGUUCCCCAGUGGCCCAGAGAUUACAGAGGCUGAUGACCCAACCCCAGAAGAAGAGGCUGCACUUAGGGCUGCACAGCAGGAGGCUGCGGAAGCAGAGGAGAUGGAAGAGCCUGAAGGGGAUGAUGAUGAGGACGAUUAGAUUAUUGGAAGAUGAGGAGGAGGAUUUGCCUACAGGAAGCUUGAUCCUUGGACUGAUAAGCAGUAAAGUCUACCAACUGUUCACAGUUUGAAAUUCAGGUUAAAGGAAUUUCAGAAUUCAGUCUGUGAUGAGAAUCAUGUGAUGAGCCUUGAAAAGAGGACACCAAUUCAACAACUAUUACAGUUAUGAUUAGGCAAAACCACAUCAUUUUCAUUGUAAUUUUCUAACUGUCUUAUAUCUUCAUCCUCUUCUCUUUCUUCCUUCUUUUCCUACACUACACUGGAUAUUUCCAACGGUUCAUGUGACACUAAGAGAAUACGACAUGAAAACAAGCUCAGAAGGAAAACAGUUAUUCUGAGCUUUAUACAGCCUCAAAUAAUUUGAGUUCUUUCUAUUUCAGACUAGUUUAUUGGUAUUAAGAAGUUUUUUUUUUUUUUUACACCUCUCAGAUCUUGUGAAAUUAUAUAUGUAUUUACAUUUUUUUUUCAUUUUGAGAGGAGACUGAUGAUCAGUACUUUGACAUUUUUAUAAAGUUGUACAAAAGAUUGACAUAGUAUUAUAUGAUUUACAUUGGUAUAAAUGGUAUUUAUGGCUGAUUAUAAUUUUAAAUAAUAUAAGAAUGUUCCUCAGUCAAUUGUUUGAAAAUUAUUAAUUAUUUAAAUUUUUGGGUAAGAUUUUUAAAUUAACUCUGAUUUUUUAGUUCUUUAUUUCUGUAACAGCGGUCUUGUUUAAGUGAGUUUGUGAUGUGACCAGUGACUGUGUCUGGGUUGAUUGUGAGUUUGUUGCUUGUGAUAAAAGUGUCAUGUAUAUACAAGCAUUAAAUUAUAACACGUUUUUAUGGAUGCCUUUGUUAGUUGAUUUAAGUUAUUUUUGUGUGUACUGGGGGGUGGGGGGUGGAGCUGCUUGGCAAUGUGUGCAAAUCUAUUAUUUUACCUUGAGGACAUUAUAAAAUAUAUUUGCUGAC